UACCAGUCCCGCUGGAGGAUUUCAGACGGCGGAGCCACGAGUGUCUUCAUCGUGAAAAUACUCGGUGAAAUAGCGGAAUAUCUCGGUUCUGAACAGCAGCCGGGGGUCGUGUGUGCUCCCCGCUCCGUUAUGGGUCCCGGUGUUCCCGCUGCUGGAGCUUUUUAUCGUUGAAAAAGUCAAGAAAAGGUCCAGAUGUGGCCGCCACCUCUGCUCAGACUCCUGUUCAUGAACGGCGAGGACUCUUGGAUUGGUCGACGGCGGCUCGGCCUGGAGGGAUGACAGACAUGGAGGCCGGAGAGACUCGUUCACUCAGACGACACUCUGCACCAUAGAGGCCCUCAGGACUACAGACAAGCCAUUUUUGUAGUUUUUGUUUUGUUUUUUUUUUUUACUGUUUUUGUGUCAGUUAUCGCCAAGCCAUAGCCGCCAGGAUGAGCUCAGAGGGCUUCCAGUACCGAGCGCUGUACGAUUAUAAGAAGGAGCGCGAGGAGGACAUCGACCUGCACGUGGGCGACAUGCUGCUGGUCAGUAAAGGAGCUCUGCUGGCGCUGGGCUGCAGCUCCGGAGCCGAAGAGCGACCAUCAGAGAUCGGAUGGCUGCCAGGCUUCAACGAGACCACACAGGAGAAAGGUGACUUCCCCGGGACGUACGUGGAGUUCGUGGGCAGGAAGAGGAUGUCUCCGCCCACGCCAAAGCCCCGCCCAGCCAGGCCGCCAUCGGCAGCGUCGGCAAGGACGGACUCGGAGUCGGAGGGCUUCCUGCUGCCGGACCUCCCGGAUCAGUUUGGACCUCCGGACUCGGCGCCGCCCCUCCUGAGCAGACUGAUGGAGGCCGUGGAGUCCAAAGGUCUGGACAGUCCUGGUCUGUAUCGCAGCGUGACCGGAGGAGGUCCAGACUCUCGGCAGCUCUCGGACUCGGACCUGGAGCAGCUGGAGGUGCCGUCCCUGUGUGACGGGGUGAUCCGGUUCCUGCAGGACCUCCCCGGCCCGGUGCUGCCGUCCUCUCUGCAGACCGACAUGAUCCACGCCGUCCAGGAGGUCCGAGACCCGGAGGACUGCGCCCAGGUGCUGAGGGGCGUGGCCAGCUCGCCCACAUGCCCCGCCCAGUACGGCCUGACGCUGCUCAGCGUGGUCCGACACCUGGCCCGGGUCUGUCUGCACGGAACCAGGAACCAGCUGAGCCCCCGGAGCCUGGCCGAGAGCUUCAGCCCCCUGCUGUUCAGACACACUGCAGGGUCUGAGUCCGGUCUGGAUCCUCUGGUUCAGGUUCUGGAGGUUCUGAUCACCAGCGAGCUCAACAUGAACCAGGCUGCACCAGCUUUACCUCCUAAACCCGUGAAGUCUUCGGCUCCGGCGGCCUCCAGCAGCUUCAACAACAGCAUGGCGCUGCAGGACGCCGAGUGGUACUGGGGAGACAUUUCAAGAGAGGAGGUGAACGAGAAGCUGAGGGACACUGCCGACGGUACGUUUCUGGUCAGAGACGCCUCCACCAAGAUGCACGGAGAUUACACUCUGACUCUGAGGAAAGGAGGCAACAACAAGCUGAUCAAGAUCUUCCACCGCGAGGGGAAGUACGGCUUCUCCGACCCGCUGACCUUCAGCUCAGUAGUGGAGCUCAUCAACCAUUACCGCCACGAGUCUCUGGCCCAGUACAACCCCAAGCUGGACGUCAAGCUGCUGUACCCGGUGUCCAAACACCAGCAGGACCAGGUGGUGAAGGAGGACAGCAUCGAGGCUGUGGGCAAGAAGCUGCACGAGUACCACCUGCAGUACCAGGAGAAGAACCGGGAGUAUGACCGGCUGUACGAGGAAUACACCAGGACGUCUCAGGAGAUCCAGAUGAAGAGGACGGCCAUCGAGGCGUUCAACGAGACCAUAAAGAUCUUCGAGGAGCAGUGCCAGACCCAGGAGCGCUUCAGCAAAGAGUACAUCGAGAAGUUCCGCCGCGAGGGCAACGACAAGGAGAUCCAGAGGAUCAUGGAGAACUACGACAAGCUGAAGUCUCGGAUCAGCGAGAUCGUGGACAGUAAGCGCCACCUGGAGGUGGAUCUGAAGAAGCAGGCGGCCGACUACAGGGAGAUCGACAAGAAGAUGAACAGCAUCAAACCAGACCUGAUCCAGCUGAGAAAGACUCGGGACCAGUACCUGAUGUGGCUGACACAGAAAGGAGUCCGACAGAGGAAGCUAAACGAGUGGCUGGGGCUGAAGAACGAAACCACCGAGGACGAGUACAGCAUGGUGGAGGAUGAGGAGGACCUUCCUCACCACGACGAGCGUUUGUGGCGUCUGGGAAACAUCAACCGGAGCCAGGCCGAGUCUCUGCUGAGAGGGAAGAGGGACGGAACCUUCCUGGUCCGAGACAGCAGCAAGCCGGGCUGCUAUGCCUGCUCCGUGGUGGUGGACGGGGAGGUGAAGCACUGCGUCAUCAACAAGACCAGCACCGGCUUCGGUUUCGCCGAGCCCUACAACCUGUACGGCUCCCUGAAGGAGCUGGUGCUGCACUACCAGCACACCUCGCUGGUGCAGCACAACGACUCGCUCAACGUCACGCUGGCCUUCCCCGUCUACAGCCAGCAGAGACGGUGACCAUGACGACCGCGACGACCAGCGACACGCCUUCACCGCCGACCCGACCACGUUUCCCCGGACGGUAAGCCGGAAGUCACGGCUGCAGUCAGUUAAACUGUGGAACAGUCCUGGAGCUUCAGCGCUAAAAUAUUUAACUGUGAACACAUGAAGCUUGAACUCUGACGAGCAGCUCCACGUGAAAUUAAAAAGACUUUACAGAAAAACUAAAUAUCAUCGGGACUGUCUGCGCUGAAGAUCAAAGACAAGGUUUUCACGCUUGGUUCGGCAUCACAUGGGAACCUUUUAGUUUAUCUGGCAGAUGUUGAAGAUUUUCCUCUGUUUACUUUCUAAAUGACCAUCUGAAAACCAGAUACAGCAUCUGGAUGAUCAGUCAGUGGUAAAGUCCAGUUUAAAGAGUCACAAAACAACCACAAAGAGAUGCAAAACAACAACAGAGAGACCCAAAAUAACUACAGAGAGACACAAAACAACCACAGAGACAAAACGAGUACAAAGAGACACAGAAUGACAACAAAGAGAUGCUAAAGCAACAAAACUCAUCUCUUGCAAUUGAAACGUCUUUGUCUGGCCAAAAAAAAAAAACCUGUCCCCAUAACUUCUGUGAUGUUUAGUGACCCAAAGAAAACUGAACAUGACAAGAAAUUACGUAUAGAACUAGACGUCUGACGUCUUCAUCCGCCUGAAGUCUUUCACUGCUUCAAGCUAAAGGACAAAAUACAAGUUGAGGAGCAUUCUCCUUUUCCAGAGCUCAUCAGUUUGAGACAAAAGUCACUUUCUGAGGCCCAAAUCAUGUAACGUCGAGUAACGUCCAGUCUAGUUAAUUACUCUCACAAAUUAAUAGGUUAUAGAUUGAUAGUUAAUAAUUAUCAAUCCCACCCAUGUGAUUCUGACCUGAGUCUGUGGAGAAACCUGAACCUUCAUCACCUUUUUGGCUGCGUCUGAAACUGAACCGUUAACGGACUCUUCCUUUAAUCGGAACUACAAACCAGAACUACAAACAUGGCCGACGGUGAUGAGGAUGUCGGAGGAAGAGUGUGGGCAGAAAACACUUGAAACUGAAUUUCUGUUUGAAUGCGAUUUGCUCCAAUUCAAUAAUAGAGUUUAAAGGAAUUUCAUUUGAAAUGCGAAAUUUGAAAAUUAAAUGUAUUUGAUUGAAACUGAAAUCUGUUGCUCAGAAACUCAAAGUUCAGCUCUGUGUAUGUCCAUAUAGAGGUCUCGGAAUCCUAAAGUCAGUUUACACAGGAAGAAAUGAGGUACAACAAACUGAAUUAACUAAAUUUGAAUUGUUGAAAUACUUGAGCUUGAGUAGCAGAAACUGGAGUUGAAUAUUGAACGCCUCUGACGAAGGUGGACUGCGUUGGAUUUACAGUGGCGCUCAAACGUUUCAAAGUAAAGCUUCGAGUUAGAAAAUAUCUAAUUAUGGAAGUCAAAUUGAUUUUUUUUACACAUUUAUUGCAAUGGUUACAUUAUACUGGAAUAUAAGAAACCAUUCCAAUAUUGUUCCAAAAAACAGUCUAAUACAAGUCCAACAGCAGUCCAAAAACAGCAUAAAACCACUCCAAGAACUAGUCUACAACCAGUCCAAAAACCAGAAUAAAACCAGUCUACAACCAAUCUAAUAACCAGAAUAAAGCCAUUCUACAAGCAGUUCAAGAACUAGUCUAAAACCACUAGAAACCAUUCCAAUAUCAAUCCAAAAGCCAGUCUAAUACAAGUCCAACAGCAGUCCAAAAACAGCCUGAAACCAUUCCAAAAACUGUUUAUAGUCUACAACCAGUCCAAAACCACUCCAAAAACCAAUCUACAAGCAGUUCAAGGUCUAAUCUAAAACGAUUAGAAACAAUUCCAAUAUAAGUCCAAAAACUAGAAUAAAACCCAUCUAGAAACAGUUCAAAAAUCCCUCCAAAACCUGUUCAUACACCAGUCCCAAAACCAAAACAAAUCAGUUCAAGUCUUAAAAGCAACAAAAUGCAACAUAAAACCAGUCUACAACCAGUUCUAAACCCCCUCCAAUGACCAACCCCAAACCAGUUCAAAAAAGUCCAAAAUCUAUCCUAAAACCACUAGAAACCACCUCAAUACCAGUCCAAAAACCAGUCAAAUACAAGUCCAAAGGCAGUCUAACACCUGAAUGAAACCUAAUAUACGUACGCAUUUAUGAUUCAAAUUGAGCAAAUUCAAAUCUAAAUGAUGGAAGUUCAGUUUCAAGCGGCCCAGAAGAAGCAUUUUUCUGGAAACACUGUGAGUGAACGAAGUUUGAAACGAGGCUGAUCGAAGCUUCUUCGUCUCCAAAGACUCAACUUUCUGUUCGCUUCCCAUCAGGUUUGUUUCGUUGCUGGAUUUUCAAGAAUUUUUUGAGCGGACGGACGGACGGACGGAUGAAUGGACGGCUUCUUGUAUUGCUCAACUUCCCCAAACGUGAAGAUCCUCAGAUUUCCUCGUGCUGAACAGAAAAUAAACUGAAACAAUAAAAUCAGCAUCUUUGGAGCCGGACUUGUGGACGUUAAAGUCUUCACGUAUUAUUUCUUCUUCAUCUUCUUGUUUUUGUGACCUGGUACAGGAAGUGAAACUGUGCAUCCGUCGUCAUGGAAACCACCCAGCAGCAUCGGACGUCGUUCGUUUUUUCAGGCUUCCGUUUUUCUGACUUUCUGUGAAAAAACUCGCUUGAAAUUGAAACCAAAGUAGCGAAACAAGGAACAAACGCUGGACGACGAGUCUGGAGCUCCGACGAAUCGAACGUAAGGUUUUAUUUCGACGUUCCGCUGCGUCUUCGUUCUGUUCUGAAACGGAAAGACGAACGUUUUGUUUACCUCCUCAGACUUUUAUUCAUCAUCGUCAGUCCAGUGUUUUCACAUUGGAGGUCUGUGUGCUGACUGUUGGAGCCAGAAAUGAAACAGUUUCAUCGCUUUCUCAACGGUUUAUAGAUUCCUUCCCACCAGAAUGAACUCUGCAGCUGCACUCGUCGAUCAAUGUCCUUAUUGAUUUCUAGAUGUUCCGAUCAGAAAAUGGUGUUCUGAUAUCGAACGACACAAGAGCUUUAGAGGAAACUGACGAAUGUUUGCUUUAAAAAGUCUCCUUAAGGACCAAGGUGAUUAUCGGCAUUUUUACUUCAAUAUUUGACCAAUUAUCACUGUUAUUAUUGAUUAGUUUUCUAAUCAAUCAGUCGACUAAUCAGUUUAAUAAACACACGAAUCAAAUAAUUAAUCUUAACAUUAGACCACUCGUCCAAAAACUUCCAGUUAUUGUCUCAUAGUCUGAAGUUACUGGAUGUGGAAUAAUAAUAAUAAUUUAUUUCUGUUAAUUACACUUACGGAAAACUUUCAGGUUUUUUGAAUUCAAGACCAAGAGGUGAGAAUUUCUCACCUCAUUUCAGGGACUAUUUUCACACCUUUUCUCAUUUUUAAUUGAUUAUUGGACGUUUGAAUUCAGACAUUCUUCAGGUGAAUAAGUCAAACCAGCUGCGGAGGAAUUUUAUUUUGACACCAACAGAACAAAGAAAUCUAGUAUUACCUACUAAUGAACCUCAGUGGGCGCGAAGCGGAGCCCUGAGGAACGCCACGGUUAAUAGAGCCGCUUCGUUUUCAGGUUUAAUUGAUGAUCAGUGCAGAAAUAAAGAUGAUUAAACCGAGGUCGCGUCAUUCCAGCUUUAAAGUCAUUCCACAUUAAUUAAAAACAUUUAUUGUUUUUUUAUUAAUAAACUGAGCUCCUGUUAUUAAUUUAUUUUCUGAUUCGUUUCUGGACUCAAAGUAAAAGAAGAACAUUCUGACUGAAGGUUUCAUUUUUGGCAGUUUUUCUUUUUAUGUCAUUUACAAGAUUUAGUGUUUUUGCUUCAGUCGUGCUGCAUAAAUAUCUGACUCCUCAUUAUUUCAGCAUUUCCUGACAGUAUUCUGAGCUGAAAACGAUAAAAACACUGACGGUGUUUUUUAUUCUUUGUGUCGGUGGGUUUUGUUGCGCUCCUUCUCGGUUCCUUUCAGAACCACGUUUCUGUGUUUUUUUUUGUUUUUCUCAGUGUAAUUGAAAAUCUGUGUGAAUUCCGUGAACACUGUAUUUUCUGUAUCAGAAACCUGUUUUUUUUAAUUAUUAUUAUUUUAUUUCUCCUCUCUUUUCUUCUCUUUGCUCAUGCUGUUGAUGUCGGAAUCCCAGACAAUAAAGCACCAGAACCUUGAA